UAUACAAAGCAGAUAAAAAGUAAUGAAAAGCUGGACGAGAAAUAAUCACAGCAAAGAAGAUCCAAUGUGCCCAAAAUUGAGACUGCAAAUGCCUUUUUCUAUUUAUUUCUGGAAUCCUAUCCUAUUUCCGUCUUUCCCACCUUCAAAUAUAGUGUUCCUUCUCUCUUCCAACCCAACAAACAUCACUGCUCUCUCUUUCCUCCUCCUCCUCCUCUCAACUGUUUUUUAAGCCUUGGUAAUCUGCUACUUCAUUUGCUUUCUUGGCUUCAUAGUCUGCUCACCUUUUCACCCUUCUUUACUCUCAAUUAUGUUUCAUGGUCUGCUCACCUUUUCACCCUUCUUUACUCUCAAUUAUCUCUCUCUUUUUUUCCCUUUUACUUACAUGUAUGCAGGCUUUCCUUGAGUGGUCCUUGAGUUCAGUCUUACACCGUUAUUCAGUAACCAAAAUAGAAAUACAAAGUGUAUGAGCAUUUAGUUCAGUUUCCAUUGUCACCGUAGAUAUGGAAGCAGGGUCAAACAAUCAAUAUGUACCGGUAGUUGAGGUGCCACCCACAGUGAGGGAACCAAGUCGCUAUUCGCAUCGAUCCAUCGAAACACUGAUCGUAGUGCUGGCAGCCAUAACUAUCAUAGGUGUUAUUGCAGGGAUCAUUGCUCGGCUAUGUGGUGGAAGGCAUUUCGGUGGAAAUGGGGAGAACGACAUUGAAGGAUGGAUAGAAAACAAGUGCAGAAGUUGCAUUGAUGGUGGAGUCCCCGCUGCAGUUCCACCUCCCAAAGAAGAACCAAAGCCAGCAAGAGAAGAGGAAAAGAAAUGAAGAUUUAUACAUACAUGAAAUGAUUUGAUGCAAGUGUAAGAGUUAUUAUUGAUUACUUCAACUAUAUGAUGUGGAACUGUUGUACUGAGAACACUAUAAUAGUGUAUUAGCAUGAACAGAUAAAGGGGAACUCUCUUGGCAGUGUCUAACAACAAGUUAUUACUGUAUUCUUUACCAUGGCAGCAUCACAGGAGACUGCUUUUAAUGGAAACUUAAAUCAUGCAUGUUACCAGUUUAAUUACCCCUGUGAUUUAUUUACAUGUUAUUCUUAGCUAAA